AUGCCUCAAUCAGAAUACUGGCCGUUUAACAAAGGGAAGACAGCAGAAAAUGUUGAAUACAGUGAUGAAGCUGCAAUUUUACAAAAACAGCUGGGCGACAUGGAAGGGGAAGUCAAGUCGAUCCAAAUGGAGUUAGCAGCAAUUAGACGAGAUAGAAUGGAUUUAUAUGCUCGUAAUCAGUCAACAGGAGUAAUUUCGGAUACUGAAGAAGUACUAAAGAUAGAACAACAACAAGCAGACAUGUUAGAGGAUGAUAGUACAGUGAAAUAUCCAGAAAUUGCGAAACUUCGAGAGGAAUUAAUAAAGGCCAAAAAUUUAGCUGACGAAGAACGAUUUCAGCGAGAGAAAUAUGAAUCCAAGCUAAAAGACCUGGAAUUAAAACUGAACAACAUUUGUUGUGCUGGAAUGAUCACAGAAAUUAAGGAAACGAAGAAAUCUUCCGAUGAAGAAAUGACAGUGUUAAAAACACAAGUGCGGGAUAUGCGAGAAGAGACAGAAGAACUUAAAAUUACUUUAGUGGAGAAAUCUGAGCAGUUACAGGAAUACCGUAUCAAGUAUCUUCAAGCUCAGCAACGAGUUGAAGAGCUCAAGCGUCAAUUAGAUGUUAUAGAAUUCGACAACAAACAAGUGUCUGAUCAAAUACAAAUAGAAAUUCAAAAAAUGAAGAUGCAAUUUCAAGAAAAGUUGCAAGAGCUGGCUCCUUUGCCAGAUUUAUUAAAAGGCGCUCAAAUACAACUACAGGAGGCUAAGCAACUGCAGCGAUUAGCUGAAGACAGCUCUGAACAGCUUUCUAACGAAUUACUUCGAGUCAAGGAAAAGUUGGUCAUAGCUGUGAACAAUUUGAACCAAGAAAAAGUGGAGAGAUCCAAACUUCUUGAUGAGAACAAAUUUUUGAGAGCAGCCCUAGAGGACAAAAAUAAGGAAGUAGAUGAAGUGACGAAAAUGUGCGAUGAUUACAAAUGUAAAGCACUGAGGAUCGAAGAGAAAAUGACACAACAAGAAAUAAGAUACAAAGAAAAAGCAACCGAAUGCGCUCAGCUUCUGAAGGAUUUAGAAGAAUCCAGGAUUGAAAACAGUCGAUCAUUGGGUCGUUGUAAAGAAAGAGCAGACUCUAUGCGCAGAUACUUGCAAACGCAAAUAUCAGAAUUAGAACGACAAUUAAUACAGAGUCGAGCUCACUGUAGAGCCUGCCAAAAAGAGCGAGAUGAGAUUCGUCAACGAAUGCAAAUACAAAUAAAUAAUUUGCAAGAAAACUUCGAAUUAGUAGAGAUCAGGCUUCGUGCUCUUCAAAAUCAAGUAACAUCUCUGAAAAAUAGUUACACAGUAAUACUUGCCGACAAUGAAGAAAUAACAGAAAUAAACAAGAUUAAUACUACUUAA